GUAUCAUCGUCCGGAGCAUGUCCGGGCCGCGUGCGAGCGGACGCUUCAAGAUUUGGGCCUCGAGUAUCUGGACCUUUACCUGAUUCACUUUCCGAUUUCCUUGAAGUUCGUCCCAUUUGAGGUGCGCUAUCCGCCUGAGUGGAUUCACGAUCCUCUUUCCGAGAAACCUCAGAUGGAGCUCGAGGACGUGGACAUCGUCCAAACUUGGAGAGCUAUGGAAUCGCUGGUUGAGGCCGGCCUGGUUCGAUGUAUAGGCGUGGCAAACUUCUCCAUGCAGCUGCUGCAACAUCUUUGCAGCGUCUCUCGGAUUCGCCCACAGGUGAAUCAGAUUGAGCUGCACCCGUUCCUGGCCCAGGAGCAGCUUGUGCGGUUCUGCCAGUCCAUGGGGCUUGCAGUGAUUGCCUUCUCUCCGCUCGGGGCUGGCUCCUACGUGUCUAUAGACAUGGCUUCUGCCGACGAGUCCAUCUUGCAGCAUCCGCUCGUUUUGGAGUUGGCUGAGAAGUAUGGCAAGACAGCAGCGCAGAUCAUCUUGAGAUGGGGCCUGGAUCGCGGUUACGCUGUGAUCCCCAAAAGCAGCCGUCCUGAGCGCCAGGCGGAAAAUCUUCGGAUUUCAGACUUCGCGCUGGCACCGGAGGAGGUGACCGCCGUCGCGGCCCUGAAUCGAAAUCGGCGUUUCAAUGAUCCCGGAGUAUUUUGCCAAGACUGGGGCGCUUUCUGUCCCAUCUUCUCGUAA